CCUCACACCCCGCAAUCAUGGCAGCGGCAUCACACGACGAGCCGCUGUACCUCGGCAUCGACGUCGGCACGGGCUCGGCACGCGCGGCCCUCUUCUCGGCCAGCGGCGCGCUGCUCGGCGCCCACGCGCGCGCCACGACGACGUUCCGCAGCCCCGCCGACGCACGCGUCUUCGAGCAGAGCACCGACGACAUCUGGGCCUGCAUCGCCGAGUGCUCGCGCGCCGUGCUGCGCGACGCCCACGCGGCGCCAGCGCGCGUCAAGGGCGUCGGCUUCGACGCCACGUGCAGCCUGGCCGUCGUCGACGGCGCCGGCUCGCCCGUCGCCGUGUCGCCGACGCCGCAGGGCUGGGCGCACGGCACGCAGAACGUCAUCCUCUGGGCCGACCACCGUGCCGAGCAGGAGGCGCACGAGAUCAACGCGUCGCGCAGUCGCGUGCUCGACUUUGUCGGCGGCACCAUGUCGCUCGAGAUGGAGCUGCCCAAGAUCCUGCACCUCGCGCGGCGCAUGCCGCCGGCGCUCUUCGCCCAGUGCCACUUCUACGACCUGCCCGACUUUCUCACCUGGCGCGCCACGGGCUCGCGCGCCCGCUCGCACUGCAGCCUCGUGUGCAAGUGCGCCUACGUGCCGCCCGGCGUCGUCGCCGACGGCGGCUCGUCGGGCUGGCAGCAGGACCUGCUGCGUCAGCUCGGCCUCGGGCAGCUGGUCGACGAGGGCUACGCGCGCCUCGGCGGCGCGCCCGACGGCGACGGCGUCAUUCUCACGGCCGGCCAGCCCGUCGCGCAGGGCCUCAGCGCACGGGCGGCUGCCGAGCUCGGCCUGCUGCCCGGCACGGCCGUCGGCAGCGCGCUCAUCGACGCCUACGCCGGCUGGGUCGGCACCGUCGCGGCGCCUGCGACCAACGGCCCGUCAGCGGCCGCGGCUGUGGCUGCGGGCCUCGAGGCGAGCGAGGGCCGCCUCGCUGCCAUUGCCGGCACGUCGACGUGCCACGUGCUGCAGAGCACGCAGGGCAUCAAGGUCAAGGGCGUGUGGGGUCCGUACAAGAAUGCCGUCUUUCCCGGCAUGUGGAUGAACGAGGGCGGCCAGAGCUCGACGGGCCAGCUCAUCGACUUUAUGAUUGACUCGCACCCCGCCUCGCCGGCGCUCAAGGCCGCGUGUGCCUCGACGGGCACGUCCGUGUUCGAGGCGCUGCACGCGCAGCUCGACGCGCAGCGCCUGGCUGCGGGCGUGGCGCACGACUCGUACCUCACGACGCACCUGCACCUCUACCCCGACCUGCACGGCAACCGCUCGCCGCUGGCGGACCCCAGCAUGCGCGGCCUGCUCGACGGCCUGGCGCUCGACGCCAGCGUGCACGACCUGGCGCGCGUCUACUUUGCCACGCUCGAGGCCAUUGCGCUGCAGACGCGGCAGAUCAUCACGGCGCUGCGGCAGGAGGGGCACCGCAUCGACGCGCUGUACAUGAGCGGCGGCCACACGCGCAACCUCGUCUUUAUGCAGCUGCUCGCCGACGUGUGCGCCAUUCCCGUGCAGCUGCCGGCGAGCAGCAGCACGAGCGUCGUGCUCGGCGCCGCCAUGCUGGGCCGCUUUGCGCACGAGACGAGCGACGGCGCCGCGCUCGAGUCGCAGGCGGCCGCCGAGGCGCACGCGCACAAGCACGCCGACCGGCUGUGGCACACUAUGGUCGACAUGAGCAAGCCGGGCACGUUUGUGUUCCCGUCCGGCGACGCCGCGCUGACGCGCUUGCUGGACGCCAAGUACGCCAUCUUCCUCGACGCCAUCGCGACGCAGCGGCGCUGGCGCGCGGCGAUGGACGCUGCCGUGCAGCCGCUGCCGGCUGCGGCAGCAUAAGGAGGCGCAACGAAAUGCGAGAGUGUGGGUGCGGCUGGCCGGGCGUCGAGAGAGGGGUGUGCUGCGCGCGGGCGGGACAGCAAAUUGCCAACCUGGAAGGGCUCUUGCUCGAGGGCAUUGCCCUGACCGAGCGCUAUCGUGUGGAGUGCCUGCACAGACCAAAACGGAGCAUGUGCGAUAUCUAUAGACAUGCGUUGAGAGGUGGACUAGAAUACAGUGUGAGGUGACAGG